GGAGCUUGCCCUGUCGUCGUCCAGAAAUCAUGCUGCACCAACCCUUACGCAGCCAGUGCACUCGCCGCGUUCCAGCCGAUCCUUUGUCGAUCCUUGCAGCCGUAGCAAGGCAUGCACCAAUUGGAUAUGUAGCCCAUGGUGCUCGUGCGCCAGGUUACGCGUCGGCCGGCGUCGGCCGCGCACCCCAGCUCCUGGCUCGGGGCCGGCUGCCCGCGGGCCCCAAUGGCGCUAGCCGCCGCAGCCUCGUCGCCGCCGGCGCGGCCGCCGCCGACGCCGCUGCUCCCGCCCCCGCGCCCGCUCGUGUUAGCCCCUUCAUCAACGUGCUGCUGCCCACUGCCCUGGCGCUGCUGCUGUGCAACAUGGACCGCAUCUGCCUGUCGGUGGCCAUCAUGCCCAUGGCAGCGGAGUUCGGGUGGCCCGCCAGCUUGCAGGGCGUGAUCCAGUCGGCCUUCCUGUGGGGCUACAUGGCCACCCAGCUGGUGGGCGGCGCGCUGGCGGACCGCUACGGCGGCAAGCGCGUACUGGCGGCCGGCAUCGCCUGGUUCAGCGUGGCCAGCCUGCUGCUGCCCCUGCUGCUGCAGCCAGCCACCGUGGCGGCCGGGCUCACGGUGCCGGCGGUGCUGCUGUCGCGGUUCCUCACGGGUCUGGGCGAGGGCGUGGCGCUGCCCUCCAUGAGCAACCUGGUGGCCAGCCACAUCCAGCCGGCGGCCAAGGCGCGGGCGCUGGGGCUGUGCUUCAGCGGCUUUCACAGCGGCAACCUGGUGGGGCUGGUGCUGUCGCCGCUGCUGCUGAUGACCUACGGCUGGCGCGGCCUGUUCCUGGUGUUCGGAGUGUUGGGGGCCCCGCUGCUGCUCUUCUGGCUCAAGGCCGUGCCCGACGCACCCGCCGCCGCGGCUGCCGCACCAGCAGCGCCCGCACCCGCAGCACCCGCGGUCGCGGCGCCCGCACCCGCGCCUGAGGCCGCUAAGCCCACCGCUCCCGCAGCAGCAGCCCGGGCCGCCGCACCCAACAGCCCUCCAGGCACCUCCAUGUCCUCUAUCAGCGUCAACAUCAACUACGCCUCCACCUCCGUCCCCGUCACGGCACAAGCCGCCACCGACCUCGCGGCCUCCAACGCCGCCUCCGCCGCUGCCGCGUCCGCAGCCUACGCCGCAGCGGCGGCGCCUGCAGCCGCCGCUGCUCCUAGCACCGCUGCUGAGGCGGCCGGCCCAGGGCCGGGCAGUGCUGUGGCGGCCGCUGCCGCCGCGGCUCCGGCUGUUGCGACGAAGAGCGAUGUGACGGUGGCCAAGCUGCUGACGUCGAGCGCGACGUGGGCCAUCAUCAUUGUGAACAUUGUCAACCACUUUGGCUAUUUCAUCUACCUUAACUGGAUGCCCACCUACUUCAGCAAGGCGCUGGGCUUCGACCUGCGCUCCAGCAGCUUCACCGCCUUCCUGCCCUGGCUGGUCAUGGCGGUGGGCAGCAGCGCGGCGGGCCUGCUGGCGGACAGCCUGGUGGCGCGGGGCAUGGCCGUCACCACCGUGCGCAAGUCGCUGCAGACGGUGGCGUUCCUGGUCCCCGCCGCUGCGCUGAUGGUGCUGUGCCAGCCCGGCAUCUCCGCCGCCACCGCCGUCACCGCCAUGACCGUGGCGCUAGGCACCACCAGCCUGGGCCAGGCGGGCUUCGUGGCCAACAUGAGUGACGUGGCGCCGCGGCACGCCGGCAAGAUGUUCGGGCUGUGCAACACCUUUGGCUGCCUCAGCGGCAUUGUGGGCGUCACGGCCGUGGGCUUCAUCGUGGAGGCUACCAAGUCCUUCACGCCCGUGUUCCAGAUGACGGCGGCGCUGUACGUGGUGGGCGUGGCGGUGUGGCUGGUGUGGUGCCGCGGCGAGAAGGUGUUCGACUGAGGGGAAGAAUGGGGCAAGAACGGAAGCCAGGGUGGGCUGGAGGGAGGUGGUUGUGGAGUGGGGUUCGGUGAUGUGGGGGUGGUGCUGAGGGCUGGGCGGACGGAGAAGUUCGGACACCCCAGAGAAAUCGUGGGCAACGGGGUUGGAGGGAGGGAAUGGAGAAGGACGGGACGGCUUGGGGCAGUGGUCCCAAAAGGGUCAUGGGUAGGACUAAGGCACAAAUCAAUGCGGUGAUGUGUUUUUUGGUCGACGUGUGUUGCGUUGCUGCUGUGCUGUGGGUGGCUGCGUUGAGCAGCUGCACUGCUGGGGUGCUGUUUGGGACUUUGGGGCAUUCAAACAGGCCAAAAUUUUGGUGGGACCGGACCUUUCCUCGAUUUAUUGAACCCAAUGCCAAUGCCUUCUGUUGAUGCACAUGUUCGUGGGCGAAUGCGCAGCCAAAUGCGAGUGUGCACGCGCUAUGUGAGCCGUUGUGCGCACGUCUCAAAAUUUUUGGCGCGUUGCUGGUGGCGCGCGUGCGCGCACGAUUGCAGAGGUGCACCGCAUCGGGAGGCAGGGCAGGCUGCUGCUGCUGUGCCCAGAUUGUUGUUGAUAGCUAAAUACCGGUGUGGCUGCCCUAGGAGGAAGCUUGGCGUGGCAGCAAGGAAACAGAUCCAUAGUGUAACAUGGGUCGUGC